GGGCAAGAGAACAUGGCACUAGUGUAGUCAGAGCACCACAAAAAACACACACACUAUGCAGGACUCAUCCACUUCCUUGGCUAUGGAUGGCUACCCCAGCAAUGUACCAGCGUUCCUCACCAAGCUGUGGACAUUGGUAGAAGAUCCUGAGACCAACCAUCUCAUCUGUUGGAGUAUUAAUGGUUCCAGCUUCCAUGUUUUUGAUCAGAGUCGGUUUGCCAAGGAGGUGCUGCCUAAGUAUUUCAAACACAACAAUAUGGCCAGCUUUGUGCGACAACUGAACAUGUAUGGCUUUAGGAAAGUGGUGAACAUUGAGCAAGGCGGCCUUGUCAAGCCUGAACGCGAUGACACUGAGUUCCAGCACCUUUAUUUCCUACAAGGCCAUGAACACCUCCUUGAGCACAUCAAAAGGAAGGUAUCCAUUGUGAAAAGUGAAGAAACCAAGAUGCGCCAAGAAGACCUUAGCAGAUUACUGUACGAGAUCCAGAUCCUCCGGGGUCAGCAAGAGACAAUGGAGUGUCAGGUGCAGGACAUGAAGCAGCAGAACGAAGUAUUGUGGAGGGAAGUUGUGUGUCUCAGGCAGAAUCAUUCACAGCAUGAGAAAGUGAUCAACAAGCUGAUUCAGUUUCUCUUCGGCCAGCUCCAAUCCAGCCCCAGCAAUGCUGGAAUAAAGAGAAAGCUACCUCUUAUGCUGGAUGAUGGCAACUCUGCUCCACAAAUGACAAAGUUCAGGAAGCAUUUGUCUUUGGAUCCCAUUCAUGACUCGUAUUUCAUCCAGUCGCCAUCUGCAGAACCUGCUUCGUGCUUAAACAGCCCUGCUGUCCCCGGAGGGCCAAUAAUAUCAGAUGUUACUGAAGUGUCACCAUCUAAUGCUGUGGUCAUGCAGCCUACUUCCAACAGGGAGAGAGCAGAAAUCUCUGAUCCUUUAGAUGGUGCUGAUUUGAAUCUGGAAGGCCUUCAGAUCCUACUGAGAAACCAGCAGUAUAAUCUCGAAGCUGCCAGUCCUUUGGAUGUUUUCAACCCCACUAUAUCUGCAAGUGAAUGGAAUUUGAAUGAUGUGGAGGCCAAUUUGUCCUCGUUUGUGUUUUUGCAUCAGGACACAGAUGCCAACGGUGGAUCUGGAGAAGAAUGCAAAUAAAAGGUCCUCCCGAGUGUUAAAUCCCCAAGUUAAUGCCUCUUGCUCAGGGAGAGACGUCAUUCUGGAAAGCAUCUGUCUGCACUUUUGGAAGAGCAACACUAUGAAUGUACCAAACAGUUCAUCUUUUCACACUGGGUCUAGAACAGCACCUUCCUUCUUUCCUGCUGUGGACUUUAAAAUCCCCAUCUCAGUUACAUCCCAUCGAACCUGAUCUCCCGGAAUGAGAAUGAUGAGUUUUCUUUUGCUUAGCUUAAACUAUUUAUGCUUUCCCUCCCCCCCCCCGGGGGGGGGGGGAACAUCUAGCAGCCUGAAUGUAAAGAAGUGGAAGUCAGUCACUCAUAACAGAUACACAAAUGUGAUGCAGUCAUUUUUGUUUCUCUGUCAAAUGUUGUGAGUGACAGUUAGCUGUCGAAGGGAUUAUCUGUCUGUUUUUGAAACUCCCAUCAUGCUACAAAUGAAGCUUUUAUUUCUGAACUGCUACUGACAAUCAGUGAGGAGGUGAUCCCUACACACCGCUUUGGUCCUGUCCAAUGCUCUGUGUCCAGUUUUUUCUCAUGAGAAAUCUUAGACCUCAAAAAAAAAGGUACGUAUCUUCCCAUGUUCAGUCUGUGUCCCAUGAUCUCACAGGGACCGUCCUCGUCAUUGUCUCAUCUCUCCUGUUUUAUUAUUGGAGCCUGAAAGGUCAUCUCUAAUUUGUGCCUAAUUCCCCAUUCUGGUUACAUCAGCAUAUAGUGCUAUAUUGACUGUUGUGCCAAACCUUGACAUUAUCAGGACCAGCUUGACAAAUGCCAAAUCUAGCUUGGAGCCAGCUGCAUGUCUUACUCGUUCACACAAAAGGACUGUGCUAAAAUUGAAAUUAUUUGGGGAGGGUUGAAUAAAAAAUUGGAUGUGCUGCUCAGAAUGCUAAUAUAUAUUCUUCUAGCUUGACUUUUUUCAGCAUUCCCAACUAUGGACAUUGUUAAAUUUGGGAUUGUUUUUUUGAACAUGUGAAAAAAUGUUACGACUUCACAGAUAAUUGUUGUAGCUUUAUAUUUAUUUAUUUUAAAUCCUGCAAAGUUCAAUUUCUAAAAGCAAACUUUGAAAAUUCAUUAGUUUUUGGAUAUAUAGUACGUAAUUUGUUUCUUUCAAUUUGCACCUGUCUUUGCAAUCCUGGGUGAUCCUUGGAGAGUCAUUGCAUGUCUUAAAAUUGCAAGUGUGAGUGCAGUUUGCAGAAAUCUAUAGGGCCUGUGGCUACAAAUGCAGCCCUGAUUUCCUGCUGUUCAAAAUACAUUUGUGAGAUCCAGCCUUGAGAACACAUGGAACCUCUCCUCUCUUGAAAUAAAGCCUUCCUUGUCAUCUUACCCCGAACUUAUUAACCCAAGAUAUCGGGGUCAUUCUUGGGAAUAUGAACUCUUCUUACUCUCUCCUUUACCACUUGCUUGCUUGCUUUGAAACCAUGACUAAUGCUAACAUAGAUUCCUCUCUUAAUUAAUGUUUGAAACCUUGGUUUGAUGUUAGUGUGUAACAUCUGAUUAAAAGGGAACAGGGUUAAUCUAAACUAUAGUUAGUUUUGAUACAAAUGUAAUGUGUUGAAUUAUGGUUAAGGCUAAUAAGGAAAAAGUGGAGGGAUUUUGCAUCAGAGAGGUGAGCUAAAAAGUGACCAUUUCUUUCCAGGGCUUACUCCUGAUUUACAGGUUGUGCUUUGCUGGAAAUCUGAUUUAUAAACCAUGGUUUGCUGGACUUGACUGUUAUUUUUAGUCAUCUAAUUGUGCUACAUGGUGUUCCAAAAUGUAUCUGUUUAGGGAUAUUUACAUAAAUUAUUACCUAAGGAUUAUCUUGCAUAACAUUAUGGUUUAUUGAGCUGGAGUAAAGUGAUAAUGAUAGAUUCCUUGGGAGAUGUUGCAUCCAGACAGCAACUUCCUAUGUAAUAGGGUUGCAUGAUUUACCGUAUUUUUCGCCCUAUUGGACGCACCGGCCCAUAGGACGCACCCAG